AUAGAGCAGAAGAUGCAAAGAACAGUUUCUAGAGAAAAAAUGAAUGGAGGAAUGAUUUGAGGAGGUGGGCCACAAUUUAAUUUGUAUUAGUCCAUUUUCACGCUCCUAAUAAAGACAUACCCAAGACUGGGUAGUGUAUAAAGAAAAAGAGGUUUAAGGGACGCGCAGUUCCAUAUGGCUGGGAAGGCCUCACAAUCAUGGCAGAAGGCAGAAGAGGAAAAACACGCCUUAUGUGGUGGCAGGCAAGAGAGAGAAUGAGAACCAAGUGAAAGGGGUUUCCCUUUAUAAAACUAUCUGUUCUCAGCAGGCAAGAGAGAGAAUGAGAACCAAGUGAAAGGGGUUUCCCUUUAUAAAACUAUCUGUUCUCAGCAGGCAAGAGAGAGAAUGAGAACCAAGUGAAAGGGGUUUCCCUUUAUAAAACUAUCUGUUCUCAGCAGGCAAGAGAGAGAAUGAGAACCAAGUGAAAGGGGUUUCCCUUUAUAAAACUAUCUGUUCUCAGUCUUGUGAGACUUAACUACUACAAGAACAGUAUGGAGGCAACUGCCCCCAUGAUUCAAUUAUCUUUCACUGGGUCCCUCCCACAACAUGUGGGAAUUAUGGAAGCUGCAAUUCAAGAUGAGAUUUGGGUGGGGACACAGCCAAACCAUAUCAGAAUUCAAAAGAACAAAGAAAGAUUUUUCAAUGUAUUAGGCAAAAACCCCAUAAAAAGCAGUGUUUCAAAAGUCAAAGGGAAAGAAAUUUUGGAGGUUGAUGAAGGUCAAGAAUCUUAAGUAGAGGGAGGGUGCGUACAGUGGCUCAUGCCUGUAAUUUCAUACUCUGGCAUGCCUUUAAUUUCAUACUUUGGGAGGUCAGUGUCGCCCCAGCUGGAGUGCAGUGAAGCAAUCUCGGCUCACCACAACCUCUGCCAACUGGGUUCAAGCGAUUCUCUGGCUUCAGACUCUAGAGUAGCUGGGAUUACAGGUGCCUGCAACCACGCCCAGUUAAUUUUUUUAAAUUGCAUUUUAGGUUUUGGGGUACAAUUUUUGUAUUUUUAGUAUAGAUGGGGGGUUUCACCAUCUUGACCAGGCUAAUCUUGAACUCGUGACCUCGUGAUCCACCCAUCUUGGCCUCCCAAAGUGCUGGGAUUACAGGCGUGAGCCACUGCACCCGGCCGGUAAAUUCUUAAAUUUUGCAGACACAAUCAUACAAAGUUGUGAGAGUCAAAAUGAAGGAAACAGGUGAUUACAUGACAGGUAUAUUUAAUGCCAUAAAUCCCAAGAAAUUAGAGGUGUGAAAGGGGGCCCUGGAGAGGGAGAUAAAGGAAAUAGCUGAAAAGGAAUGCAAACAAGAAAAGGAGGAGUUGAAAGCUGAAAUGAAAACCAGGAAUAAGAAAAGCCCUGCUCCUUCCUUCAGUGCCCACUCAAAUGAAUGAAUGCUGCUUGGUUCCCUGAAUCUCCCCUUCUACUGGCCACUCUGCUUGGUCCAUCAUUGCUUUCAGCUCUCUCUUAUCCCAAACGGCUUUCUUCAACCCAGUCAUAAUCUUCAUUUCCUGUUUCUUUUCUCUCCAGUCCCACCCACAUAAGAACCCUCCUCUGGGCCAUUUCGGGGGAUUUUCACUGAAGGUGUGAGCCGCGUGCUGUCGGUGCGGCGUGCGGCGAGGCUGGCCCUAUAGAAAUGUUUCUGACAUCCUCGUGCGGAUACGCACAAGUCUCCACCUACAGGAUCACGGGUUUGGGGUGCGCAAUCACAGCAGCCAGCGUGGGAAGGCGCCGUAUUAUAACUGUAAUUGCGUAGUUUGGAACCAUCAGAUCUGAGAGGAAACUGGGUCCUCCACAGCCGGCCGCCUAGCCCAGUGUCACAAGAUAGUUACAGGUUGGGUUCGGCAGCAGAACCCAGUUUCCUCGAGACAGAGGUUUAAAUAAAGGCUCACAGUGGCCGCAGGCCAGCCUUCACGAAAACAGCCAGCUGCGCCAAAUCUCGCGCAGCGGGCCUGGAGGGCGGGAGGGGCUGGAGGGCGGGCGGGGAAUUUAAGGUAUCGCGAGAUGACAGGAUUUUCCCGCGAAGGAGAAGCGCGCUUUUUUCCCUGGCGCGGGAUUUGGUGAGGAGGCUGGGCCGGGAGCUGCUGUGAGGUAUUGGCGUGCGGCUUUGCAGGCUCUGAGAGGAGGGGACCCGGCUCCCGGGUGAGUGUCCAGGCAUGCCGGCGGAACGGCCCGCGGACAGCGGCGGCUCACAAACUCCAGAAAUGGCUGAACGAUUAGACACUGCCGUGAUUACCCCAGCCAUGCUAGAAGAGGAAGAACAGCUCGAAGCUGCUGGACUAGAGAGGGAGCGGAAGAUGCUGGAAAAGGCUCGCAUGUCUUGGGAUAGAGAGUCAACUGAAAUACGGUACCGUCGACUUCAACAUUUGCUUGAAAAAAGCAAUAUCUACUCCAAAUUUUUAUUGACGAAAAUGGAACAGCAACAAUUAGAGGAACAGAAGAAGAAAGAAAAAUUGGAGAGAAAAAAGGAGUCUUUAAAAGUUAAAAAGGGUAAAAAUUCAAUUGACACAAGUGAAGAGAAGCCAGUCAUGAGAAAGAAAAGAGGAAGAGAAGAUGAAACAUACAAUAUUUCAGAGGUCAUGUCAAAAGAGGAAAUUUUGUCUGUGGUUAAAAAAAAUAAAAAGAAUGAGGAUGAAAACUCCUCUUCUACUAAUCUCUGUGUAGAAGAUCUUCAGAAAAAUAAAGAGUCGAAUAGUAUAAUUAAAGAUAGAUUGUCUCAAACGGUUAGGCAGAAUGCGAAAUUCUUUUUUGACCCAGUCCGGAAAUGUAAUGGUCAGCCAGUACCUUUUCAACAACCAAAGCACUUCACAGGAGGAGUGAUGCGAUGGUACCAAGUAGAAGGCAUGGAAUGGCUUAGGAUGCUUUGGGAAAAUGGAAUUAAUGGCAUUUUAGCAGAUGAAAUGGGAUUGGGAAAGACAGUUCAGUGCAUUGCUACAAUUGCAUUGAUGAUUCAGAGAGGAGUACCAGGACCUUUUCUUGUCUGUGGCCCAUUAUCUACACUUCCUAACUGGAUGGCUGAGUUCAAAAGAUUUACACCAGAUAUCCCUACUAUGUUAUAUCAUGGAACCCAGGAGGAACGUCAAAAAUUGGUAAGGAAUAUUCACAAACGGCAAGGGACUCUGCAGAUUCAUCCAGUGGUGAUUACAUCAUUCGAAAUAGCCAUGAGAGACAGAAGUGCAUUACAGCAUUGCUAUUGGAAAUACUUAAUAGUAGAUGAAGGACACAGGAUUAAGAAUAUGAAGUGCCGUCUAAUCAGGGAGUUAAAACGAUUCAAUGCUGAUAACAAACUUCUUUUGACUGGUACUCCCUUGCAAAACAAUUUAUCAGAACUUUGGUCAUUGCUAAACUUUUUGUUGCCAGAUGUAUUUGAUGACUUGAAAAGCUUUGAGUCUUGGUUUGACAUCACCAGUCUUUCUGAAACUGCUGAAGAUAUUAUUGCUAAAGAAAGAGAACAGAAUGUAUUGCAUAUGCUGCACCAGAAAAGAAUUCUAAGGUGUAUGUCAGAGUUUAGAGAUGAGGGCUCUUUUGAAGGCAAAUUGCCUUCCAGAAAGGAUUUAUCUAUAACAUACAUCCAUAUGAAAAUACUACUCAAGCUUCAUACCAAUUUUGAGAUUUUAACACCUUUCUUAUUGAGAAGACUAAAGUCUGAUGUUGCUCUUGAGGUUCCUCCUAAACGAGAAGUAGUUGUUUAUGCGCCACUUUCAAAGAAACAAGAGAUCUUUUAUACAGCCAUUGUGAACCGUACAAUUGCAAACAUGUUUGGAACCAGUGAGAAGGAAACAAUUGAGUUAAGUCCUACUGGUCGACCAAAACGGCGAACUAGAAAAUCAAUAAAUUACAGCAAAAUAGAUGAUUUCCCUAAUGAAUUGGAAAAAUUGAUGAGUCAAAUACAGCCAGAGGUGGACCGAGAAAGAACUGUUGUGGAAGUGAAUGUCCCUGUAGAAUCUGAAGUUAAUCUGAAGCUGCAGAAUAUAAUGAUGCUACUUCGUAAAUGUUGUAAUCAUCCAUAUUUGAUUGAGUAUCCUAUAGACCCUGUUACACAAGAGUUUAAGAUCGAUGAAGAAUUGGUAAUAAAUUCUGGGAAAUUCUUAAUUUUGGAUCGAAUGCUGCCAGAACUAAAAAAAAGAGGUCACAAGGUGUUGCUUUUUUCACAAAUGACAAGCAUGUUGGACAUUUUGAUGGAUUACUGCCAUCUUAGAAAUUUCAACUUUAGCAGGCUUGAUGGGUCCAUGUCUUAUUCAGAGAGAGAAAGAAACAUGCACAGCUUUAACACAGAUCCAGAGGUGUUUAUCUUCUUAGUGAGUACACGAGCUGGUGGCCUGGGCAUUAAUCUGACUGCAGCAGAUACAGUUAUCAUUUAUGAUAGUGAUUGGAACCCUCAGUCGGAUCUCCAGGCCCAGGAUAGAUGUCAUAGAAUUGGUCAGACAAAGCCAGUUGUUGUUUAUCGCCUUGUUACAGCAAAUACUAUUGAUCAGAAAAUUGUGGAAAGAGCAGCUGCUAAAAGGAAACUGGAAAAGUUGAUCAUCCAUAAAAAUCAUUUCAAAGGUGGUCAAUCUGGAUUAAAUCUGUCUAAGAAUUUCCUAGAUCCUAAGGAAUUAAUGGAAUUAUUAAAAUCUAGAGAUUAUGAAAGGGAAAUAAAAGGAUCAAGAGAAAAGGUCAUUAGUGAUAAAGAUCUAGAAUUGUUGUUAGAUCGAAGUGAUCUUAUUGAUCAAAUGAAUGCUUCUCAACCAAUUAAAGAGAAGAUGGGGAUAUUCAAGAUACUAGAAAAUUCUGAAGAUUCCAGUCCUGAAUGUUUGUUUUAAACUGGAGCCUAUGAAUGGCUUUUAAAAGUUCUUGUUUGCAACUAGUGAUUUCCCUGUAUUGGGUUUGAAAUACAGAUUGUCCACUUAACCUUUUUUAUUUUAUCAGUUGACAUGUAACUAGUACCAUGUGUACUUAAUUAGAUGGUAAUUUUCUGAGCCUUAUUACAAACAAAGAAGUAUCCAUAUUAAGUUUAGAUUUUCAGUUACGUUUUGAGACUGAGUAUUAUUCUUGGAUACAGGCUGAUGUGUACUUAACCACUUCCAGAUUUAUACAGUCUUCCUGUGGAAGUUUAGUAAAUGUCUUUUCUUCUAGUAAUACAGUUUAUGGGGUUUUGGUACUUCAGUUAUGAAGUAGGCUUUUCAUGGGGGAGAGAUCGGGAUAUGCUGUCUGUUGUUUAAGAAACUGUUGAUUUUCAAGUCUUAUUUCUAUGAGAUAGUUUACCAAAUAAAUUUUCCUUAUAAGAU